AUGAAGUUGUCAGGGCUUGUUACCGCCCUUUCGUUUGGCUCAACUGUCUUCGCUCACGGUGGUCCGCCCCCGACCACGCAAGAUGAGAUCGUCCUUGCGUGUACCGCCUACAUGACACAAGGAUUCACAUGGCCCUUUUGUAACGAAAAAGGCAAACGUGGUGGAAAUAGGCCCCGCAACAAUAAUGCCUGUUACUGUGGCCAGGAUGAAUUUUUGAAGUCGACUCUUAGUUGUCUCGACGCGUUGGACCCUUCUGUGAAGGCCCGUCACUCACACUUCAAAGCUUUGGUUAGUUUCUGUAAGGGUGCAAAUCUUACAGUCAGUCAUCUAGACGAUCUUGACGUUGAAGUACCCGAUCUUCCGCUAUUGACAGCUCCUAGCUCUUACGCAGCUCGCAAGGUCAAGGAGGCAUUCAAAGUUCCAGUUGCUCAGUAUAAGAAUGCCUUUCGCGCCUACCGUGUAAAUAUGGGUCGUGAUGACAGAGGAAUCGUGCUCAGUAUCGGAAUGAUGUGUUUCUGGUUCGGUUUAGUUGUUCUGAGAACCUUUUUCCACUGGACCCGUAACAUUUUCCCUUCACUCCCCCACAAACUUGACUCCAAGCCCGUUCGUUGGAUCCGAAAGACUGUCACAAUGCCUCCCAUGCUCACUUUUAAUCACAGCACUCCUGCAACUUUAGGCAAGUCCCGGCUGGGCAGUUUCUUUACAUUCAACUUGCCUACGCGCCAGUCUACUUUUGUUCUUCUUGCAUUUACCGCUGUUCACUUUGGUUUAUUAUUCGGCGGCUUGGAUAUUGUGCCCGAUAAUUACAGUAUCAAGCUGGAUGGAUGGGGUUCCCAAUAUAGCAAGGCACUCGGUAUCCGUUCGGGAUGGUUCAUUGUGUUCUUGAUGCCUCCUAUGUUUCUUUUUGCAGGCCGAAAUAAUUUUAUGAUUCAGAUGACGGGUUGGCCUUUAGAUGAGUUCAGUGUGUACCACAAAUGGCUCGGCAGGUUCUGUUUCAUCGAUCUCGUGGUACAUGCGGCUGCUUAUACCUGGCUGUAUAUCCAUCAGAAUCGAUUUACUUCAAGUUGGAGAAAAGCAUACUGGAAUCAUGGCGUUGCAUCCACGGUUUUUGGCUGUAUUAUGGUAUUUACUGCUGCCCACUGCUUCCGCAAACUUAGCUACGAGUUCUUCUUGGUCACGCAUAUCCUGUUGGCUGUUGGGUUCUUGGUUGGUGGAUACUACCAUGUCUAUCUACUUGGCGACGAGAUUCGCCCUUAUUAUGCAGUUAUUGCAAUUUGGGGCUUUGAUAGGGCCGCGCGGCUGGCUCGUGUUUUGCUUGCUAGUCCCUUUGCUCGUGCUAAGGUUACGUACCACAAUGGACACACUAUCGAACUCACGAUCACGUACUCUAAGCUUUGGAAAGUUCCCGCUGGAUCCUAUAUUUUUGUUCACAUUGUUCAGCCCAUGUUCUUCUGGGAGUCCCAUCCCUUUACUGUUAUGCGAAGUGUUAAAAACGAGGAGGAGGGAUGCAUUAAGCUCUUUGCUCGUGGUAUGUCCGGUAUGACCAAACGUCUUGUUGACAAAUGCCAGGCAAACAAUGGAUCAAUCGAGACCACUGUUUGGCUUGAUGGUCCUUAUCAUCAGUACAUCAACAUGGAUCGUUUCAAAGAGGCUCUCUUCAUUGGUGGUGGCAUUGGUAUUACCGCACCUUUCUCAUUUGCUCAGGGUCGCAUCGCUAAAGGUCAAAAGGAUAUCACUAUCCACUGGGGCAUUCGUGACACGGCACCCCUGGAGUGGUUUGCUGCUGAGAUCGACUAUAUGCUACAGCAUGGCGUGAAACUUUACAUUCAUGUGGGUGAUGAAUCUGCAGUAUCUUCUUCCAAUGCCUCCUUUGAUUCAAUGGAUAAGGAAAAGUCAAUUGUCUCGACUACAAGCUCUAUGAAUUUGAAGCAGGGUCGCAUGAACAUCGCAAAAAUCGUAAGCGAAGCUGCGCAAAAUGCUUCCGGACCUCUGGCCGUUCUAUGCUGCGGACCUGGUCCCGUUAAUGACUCGACUCGUCAAGCAGUCGUAGCCAACAUUACUACCUCUCCUCAUUACAUGGAAUACUUCGAGGAAUCUUUCAGUUGGUAA